UAACAAUCUGCAUCCAAACGUCCAUUCUUGCUGCUUAGUCCAAAAAAAAAAAAGAACUAGAAAAAUGGUGGAUUUUAUUGAUAUUACAGAAGAUAAUGAUGAUUUUUCAGUGAAAUAUUCAACCCCAAAAUCAUCCAAAGGUGAAGGAAAAAUAUUUAUUGAAUCAAUUUCAGUAGAAAAAAUUGGCAAGUUUUCAAAACCUAGUUCUAGUGGUACAAAAAAAUUGAUGGUUGAUCUGUCUGAAGAUUCUUCAGAUGAUGAAAUUCAUUAUUGGGAUACUAAAUGUGUAAAAAAUUCGAAAUAUAAAUCAAUUUAUAUUGGUGAUGACAAGGUGCAUGAUAACAGUUUCACGUGUGAUAUUCAUGUUGAUGGUGAAAUUAAGUUUUUAGGUUCAAAUAUUUCGAAGAUUAAGUCGAUUUUUAUCGAUGAUGAUGAUGUUGAUCAUGGUAAAUUUACAUGUGAUAUUUGUUAUGAUGAGAAGUCUAUUAAUGAAAUUUUCAAGAUUAUGGGGUGUAGUCAUUCUUAUUGUAAAGAAUGCAUGGCUAAGUACUUAGGUACGAAAAUUCAAGAAAAUAUUUCUCGAAUUUCGUGUCCUAAUGUAGGUUGUAAGGGUAUAUUAGAGCCAUAUAAUUGUCGAUCGAUUUUGCCUAAACAUGUUUUUGAUAGAUGGGGAGACGCGUUAUGUGAGGCGAUGAUUUUGGGUUCUGAGAAAUUUUAUUGUCCGUUUAAGGAUUGUUCCGCGCUUUUGAUUGAUGAAAAUGGUGGCGAUUUUGUUGUGACACAAUCGGAAUGCCCCGAAUGUAGAAGGUUGUUUUGUGCCAAGUGUAAAGUUGGUUGGCAUUCUGGGAUUGUAUGUGAAGAAUUUCAGAAAUUGAAUGAGAAUGAAAGGGGGAAAGAGGAUUUACAGCUGAUGCAACUUGCUAAGAGUCAAGAAUGGCAGAGAUGUCCGCGAUGUAAGUUUUAUGUCGCGAGGACUAAUGGUUGCGCGCAAAUGAAAUGCAGGUGUGGCUGCUACUUCUGUUACAAAUGUGGAGCAGAAUCAUCUAAUCACUACUGCAAAAGUUGUGGUACAUAAACGACGUACACUGGACAGAUUGUAGGUAUCUCCUGAGGGUGCAAGAAAAGCGAACGCGUGAUUUCGUCGUCUGAUUUUUGGGUUAAAUUAUGGAUUUAGAUUUUCAGAUUUGUGUUUUAGGUGAUGACUAAAGAAAUAGUUGAUAUCUGAACAUAGAAAUGUCUGUUUUCUAACUAUAUUUUGUUUCUUAAGUUUGAA